GGGAGGCGCUUUCUCCACCUCAGCUGGGUUCUCCCGCCCUGGAGGGGACAACAGAACGCCCAGAGAGCCCUCUGGCCUGGAGUGCGGGGGGCUGGACCUUCUCUGUCCCCUCCGCAGCGGGACAAAGACCUGGCCUUACCCAUUCUUCCUGCAUCUGCCGGUUCACUUGGGCCGAGGGCUGCAGGGAGGGUCCGCGGAAACGCCCCGCGCACACCCACCCCGGGCGCACAACCCGCUCCCGCAGACCCGGUGGCUGAGAAGCCGGUGGUGCCAAGAUGACCGAGCGCUUCGACUGCCACCACUGUGAGGGCUCCCUCUUCGGCAGGAAGUACGUCCUGAGGGAGGAGCAGCCCUACUGCGUGGCCUGCUUUGAGGACCUCUUCGCCAGCACGUGCGAGGAGUGCGGGAAGCUGAUUGGCUGCGACUGCAAGGACCUGUCCUACAAGGACCGACACUGGCACGAGGCCUGCUUCCACUGCUCGCGCUGCAGGGGCUCCCUCGUGGACAAGCCGUUCGCCGCCAGGGAGGACCAGCUGCUCUGCACGGACUGCUACUCACAGGAGUACUCGUCCAGGUGCCAGGAGUGCAAGAAGGCCAUCAUGCCAGGCACCCGCAAGAUGGAAUACAGGGGCAGCAGCUGGCAUGAGACCUGCUUCGUCUGCCACGGCUGCCAGCUGCCCAUCGGAACCAAGAGCUUCAUCCCCAAGGACGGCCAGAACUUCUGCGUGCCCUGCUACGAGGAGCAGCACGCCCUGCAGUGUGUCCAGUGCCAGAAGCCCAUCACCAGCGGGGGCGUCACCUACCGCGAGCAGCCCUGGCACAAGGAGUGCUUCGUGUGCGCCGCCUGCAAGAAGCCGCUGUCCGGCCAGCGCUUCACUUCCCGAGACGAGUUCGCCUACUGCCUGGGCUGCUUCUGCGACCUGUACGCCAAGAAGUGUGCCGGGUGCGCUAACCCCAUCAGCGGGCUGGGCGGCACCAAGUACAUCUCCUUUGAGGAGCGGCAGUGGCACAACGACUGCUUCAACUGCAAGAAGUGCUCCCUGUCCCUGGUGGGCCGGGGCUUCCUCACAGAGAGGGACGACAUCCUGUGCCCGGACUGCGGGAAGGACAUCUGAGGUCCCUGGCAGUCACUGCCUGCGCUGUGAGAGAGGGACGCCCCCCUCUCCCCCCGGCCAUGCCAUGUCCUGGUUCCACCGGCCACCUCGAGACUCUCCUCUCUGCUUCUCAGCGAUGCUCACAUUUGUGUAAACCCUUUAAUCAACCCCCGUGCUUGGUCAAUCCCAGGGAGGGCGGAGACCCCGUGUAACCUGGGGUGGGAAGAUGGUUUUCAAUCUUUGUAAUCAAGUAAGGCAAAUCCAAGUGUCCAAACCCUUUUGAAUGAUUUCUUUACAAACAUAUCUUUCUUUCACCGUGUAUUUGAUUUUUAAGCGCAGUUAACGUACCAUGAACUUGAACGUUUCCAAGCUAUGGAAGGUAACGAAGAGUUGGUAUUUACAGCGGUGUGACUUUCAGUCCUACGGGUCCAAAAGCAAGAUUACAUGGCUUAUAAUAAAGUUAUCAGAACAAAAUCUUUUGUCAGGCGCGGUGUAUGAAAUGAUGAAAUAUUAGGAGUCUAAAUGUAAACAACACGUUACUGCAGGUAAAUGAGCUGGGUGCCUGUUAACUGAGUUUGCAUCACAACUGUUACUUAAAAGGAGGUGUCAGCACUUCCCUGGCUGUGAACUGGCAGCUCUGCCUGAGGCCACUGACUUUAUUUGGUACCAAAAGAUCUGUGCCUGAGAGGGUUGUCAAAAACAAUGAAGAUCUUAGAGGCAAGCAGUUAAGAGAGGGCUAGUGGCUCCAUGAUGCUAACAGCAGAAAGCACAGUGGCAGACCAGUCCAAAGUCUAACACAGAAUUGAGGAAAGAGCUGAGAAGAGCCCUCCUGGGACCCCACUUAUCCCUGGGGUCCAGGAGACUGUGGGCGUGGACUUAAUCAGAGUGGGAUGUGCACAGACUUGAAAGCAUUCUCCAGGCCAUACCAGAUCCUCAGCAAAGAGCAGUGGGCUUACUGGGCGCACAGACCCACCCAACAAACACUGCUGAAUGUGUGUUAUACACGUGUUCAGAGAGCUAGAGGAACCCACAUGUAGAGGGUUGAAGGGACAUGCAUGAGAAAAAUGGCUCAUCAGACAGAGACUAACUGAUAGGGGGAUAAACAUGACAAAAAAGAAUCAAGUGGAAAUUCUGGAGUCAAAAACUACAGUGGAAUGAAAAUAUUUACCAGAGAGGUCAAUGGUAGAUUUGAGUUGAGAGAAGGCAAAAAAUGAGUGAAGACAGAUCAAUAAAGACUAUGAAAUUGAGAAACAGAGAAAAAGGAAGGAAAAUGAACAGAGCCUCAGAGGAAUGUGGGACAUCACUAAGUGUACCAACAUAUGCCUAAUGGGAGUCCCAGCAGAGGAGAGAGAAAAGGGACAGAAAAAAUAUUUUAAGAAUUAAGGGCUGGGAACUUCCCCCAAUUUGAUGAAAAACAUUUAUCUAAGAACACACAUCCAAGAAGCAGGACAAAUUCAAAGUAGGAAAAAUGCAAAGAGAUCCACACCCAGACACAUCACAGUCAAAAUGGGGAAAGCCAAAGAGAGAAGGAGAAAUCUUGACAGAAGGGAGCUGAGGUUCAGGCUGUCACACCCCCCCAGGUCCAACCACCCACGGAACGUGCCCCUGCCUCUCCCCACGUCUCCCCAGGCGUCUGCGGGUGGGAUCGUGGGAUCCUCACAGCGCACGGUAUUUCUGGCUGGCUCUAAAGUAACACAGUUCUAUGAUAGUCCUUGUCAUUAAGCAACCCUUUAAUUAAGUUGUGAAAUAAAACACCCAUAAAAGUGCACAAGAUGAAUGUCGGUGGGUAAAACUAAGCAAUGGAGAUGGAAGCCAGAACUGUGGUUACCCCCUGGCUGGGAAGGGACCUGAGGGAACCUUCUGGGCUGCUGGAAAUGUUCUGUGUGUGGUUAGCACACCGUGGCCCAUGGGCUAAAUCCUGCCCACCGCCUGAUUUCUUAACAACAGUUAUAUUGGAACACAGCCAUGCCCAUUCAUUUAUACACGGCGUGACCCACAAGCCCUAAAACUUUUAUCAUCUGGCCCUUUAUGGGAAGUUUGCCAACUUUUCUCUGUAUCUUGACUUGGGGAGUUGUUUUAUAUAUAUAUAUAUAUAUAUAUAUAUAUGAACAUAUAGUCAUAUAAAUGUAAAGUCACUGAGCUGCAGAAGACUUUUCAAGCUUUAUAGUAUUUUGUGGUAUCUUCAUAAAAAUAAAAAAAACUUAAAAUGUGUUACACUUUUUAUAGUUCCCUGUACUGAACAGUCAUUUGAAAGCUUGUCUUUUUUAGAAUGAAAUAAUGCCAUGUGCAGCAAUAUGGAUGGACCUGGAGAUGAUCAUACCAAGUGACGUAAGUCAGACAAAUACCAUAUGAUCUCACUUGUAUGUAGAAUCUGAAAAAAAAAAAAUGAUACAAAUGAACUUAUUUACAAAACAGAAACAGACUCACAGACAUAGAAAAAAACUUACGGUUGCCAAA